UGGCCGCCACCGCCUCCUUCCUCCGUAGAGUCACGUGACACCAGCGCAAGAAGCUGCAAACGGCUGCACGAGCCUCCUCCUCCUCCUCCUCCUCAUCACUACCACCACCACCACCACCACCACCGUCAUCACAACCACCGCAAAGCAGCGCAGAGAGCCGACCGAGCAACCGGGAUCUUUACCGAUUCGAGGAGCCGGGCGCCAUGGCGGGCCCCCGUUAAAAAAACGAGACCCAGAUUUGAUUCUUCUCUCUUUGUUCUCCCUCGACGCCUCGCAGUCUUUCCGCGCCUUCCGCCGAGGAGGGGCCGCCGAGGAGAAGCUCUCCCUCUCCCAGCGAAGGAGGAGGCAUUACGGGGUUACGGUAGAAGCAGCAGCGGCAGCUGCGGCAGCGGCGAAGGCGGCGGCGAAGGCGGCAGCAGUCGAACCGGGGAGGUGUUGUUUUUUUACGGAACAAGCCGAAUGGCGGACCGCGAGGCGUCGCCGAUACCGUUGGAGAUCCGAGCCCGGCUCGCGGAGCUGGAGCUGGAGCUGUCAGAGGGUAUGGAGGGGCCCAUGUCCCAUCGGGCCCCCCUCGGCCCCCCCUCUGCUGCCCGUUUCCACCGGCGACGAACCUCCGGCACCAGAGACGAGCGCUACAGAUCAGACGUCCACACCGAGGCGGUGCAGGCCGUGCUGGCGCGACACGUGGAGAGGAAGGUGGCGGUGCCGAUGCCUUCCAAAAGACGUUCGCUGGUGGUGCAGACCUCCAUGGAUGCGUACACGCCUCCAGGCCUGUCGCCCCUGUGCUCAGACUCGUCGUCGGGCUCCGAGGAGGAGGCGGGGCCAGGGGACGAAAUGUCGGCCAUGGAGCACUGGAUGAGCCGCCCGUCCCACUUAGGCCCCGCCCACCUGGGCUCCACCUCGUCCUCAUCCUCGUCCACGCAGAGCGGAGGCAGCGGCAACGCCGGGCGGCUGGCCGACUCGCUUGCGCACGCGCACAUCUCGCACCUGGGGCACGCACACCUGGGACACACACACCUGGGCCAGCUGCACCACCAGCAGAGCCACCUGUCGCAGUCGCACCACGGUAUCGGCCACCUGUCUCUGAAGAGGAAGGGAGCUCUGAGCGUCGCGGAGAACGGGGGAUCUCUGCGGCGGUCCUGUGAGUUUGGAUCCGACAUGCUGUGGCCACCGCCGCUGGAGUCAGACGAGAAUCACUCCGCCCCCCCGGAUGUGACAGGCUACUCGUCGGACUCGUCCCACUCCCACACCGAGCGUCACCACAUGGCCAACAUGGGAACCAUUGCCAGGAACACGCAGAAGUACGGCAACGCGGAGCGCAUGGAGACGGGCGAUGGUGUUCCAGUCAGCAGUCGCGUGUCAGCUAAAAUCCAGCAGCUCGUGAACACACUGAAGCAGCCUCGCAGACCUCCGCUACGGGAGUUCUUUGUCGAUGACUUUGAUGAACUUCUGGAGGUCCAGCAGCCGGACCCUAAUCAGCCGCGGCCGGAGGGGGCGGAGAUGAUGCCGGUGCGGGGCGAGGCGCUGGGCGUGGUCACCAACUGGCCGCCGUCCCUGGAGGCCGCUCUCCAACGCUGGGGCACCAUCUCCCCUAAAGCCCCCUGCCUCACCAGCCUGGACACGGCAGGGAAGCCCCUCUACGUCCUCACAUACGGGAAGCUGUGGUCUCGCAGCAUCAAGCUUGCCUACAACAUCCUCCACAAACUGGGCAGCAAGCAGGAGCCCAUGGUGCGACCGGGGGAUCGGGUGAGUCACGCUCCUCCGCCGCCUCACGCCGCUUUCGCUUUCUUUGAUGCCGGCAGUCAGCAGAUUGGAUUCCUGUUGGGCAGCUGUGGCGUUACCGUGGCGCUGACCAGUGACGCCUGCCACAAGGGAUUGCCCAAGAGCGCAACAGGAGAGAUCCCACAGUUCAAAGGAUGGCCCAAGUUGCUGUGGUUUGUAACAGAGUCCAAGCACCUCUCCAAACCUCCCAGAGACUGGUUCCCUCACAUCAAAGAUGCAAACAACGACACUGCUUACAUAGAGGUGAGCAAACAGACUCAGCUGAUAUACGUGAUGAACAUGAUGCACGUGAUCAGCGUGCCCUACUCGCUGAUGAAGGUCAACCCUCUGUCAUGGAUCCAGAAAGUCUGCCAGUACAAAGCCAAGGUAGCGUGUGUGAAGUCCAGAGACAUGCACUGGGCUCUGGUGGCCCACAAGGACCAGAAGGACAUCAACCUGAGCUCGCUGCGCAUGCUGCUGGUGGCCGACGGAUCAAACCCCUGGUCCAUCUCUUCCUGCGACGCCUUCCUCAACGUCUUUCAGACUAAAGGGCUGAGAGCCGACGUCAUCUGUCCCUGCGCCAGCUCGCCCGAGGCCCUGACGGUGGCCAUCAGGAGGUCGGUGGAGGACAGCAGUCAGCCUCCGGGACGGGGCGUCCUGUCCAUGCAGGGUCUCACCUACUCGGUCGUCAGGGUGGACACAGAGGAACGUCUCUCGGUGCUCACCGUACAGGACGUCGGCACAGUGACACCAGGAGGCCUGGUGUGUGUGGUGAAACCAGAAGGCAUCCCUCUGCUCUGUCAGACGGACGAGAUCGGAGAGUUCUGCGUCUGCUCCAUCGCCACCGGCACCUCCUACUACGGCCUCACCGGCAUGACCAAGAACACCUUCGAGGUUUACCCAGUGAGCUCCAGCGGGGGUUUGGUCAGCGAGUACGCCUUUGUGCGGACCGGCCUGCUGGGCUUCAUCGGCCCCGGCGGCCUCGUCUUCAUCACCGGGAAGAUGGACGGGCUCAUCGUGGUGAGCGGGCGGAGACACAACGCCGACGACAUCGUCGCCACGGCGCUGGCCGUGGAGCCGAUGAAGUUCGUCUACAGGGGCAGGAUAGCGGUGUUCUCGGUGACCGUGCUGAGGGACGAGAGGAUCGUGGUGGUGGCCGAGCAGAGACCCGACUCCACCGAGGAGGACAGCUUCCAGUGGAUGAGCCGCGUGCUGCAGGCCAUUGACAGUAUCCACGGAGUGGGCGUGUUCUGCCUGGCUCUGGUACCGGCCAACACACUGCCUAAGACUCCUCUGGGCGGGAUCCACCUGUCAGAGAUCAAGCAGCUGUACCUGGAGGGGGGGCUGCACCCCUGCAACGUCCUCAUGUGCCCCCACACCUGCGUCACCAACCUGCCCAAACCACGGCAGAAACAGCCAGAGAUUGGACCUGCCUCUGUGAUGGUGGGGAAUCUGGUAUCAGGGAAGAGGAUCGCUCAGGCCAGCGGCAGAGAUCUGGGACAGACAGACGACAACGACCAGUUCCUGUUCCUGUCGGAGGUUUUGCAGUGGAGAGCUCAGACCACACCAGACCACAUCCUCUACACCCUGCUCAGCUCCCGGGGGGCGGUGUCCAACUCCCUCACCUGUCUGCAGCUCCAUAAGAGGGCGGAGCGCGUGGCUGCCCUGCUGAUGGAGAGAGCCGGUCUGCAGGAAGGGGACCACGUUGCUCUGGUCUACCCUCCAGGUAUUGACCUGAUCGCAGCCUUCUACGGCUCCCUGUACGCCGGCUGUGUUCCCAUCACGGUGCGACCGCCCCACCCUCAGAACAUCGCCACCACCCUGCCCACCGUCAAGAUGAUCGUGGAGGUCAGCCACUCGGCCUGCGUGAUGACCACGGCAGUCAUCUGUAAGCUGCUGCGCUCCAAAGAGGCCACGGCCACCGUGGACAUCAGGAACUGGCCGCCUGUCCUCGACACCGAUGACCUGCCAAAGAAGAAGCCUCCAGCUCUCUAUAAGCCCACCAACCCUGACGGCCUGGCCUAUCUGGAUUUCAGCGUAUCGACAACCGGCAUGCUGGCCGGAGUUCAGAUGUCCCACAAUGCCGUUGGAGCCUUCUGCCGGUCGGUGAAGCUGCAGUGUGAGCUGUACCCGUCCAGAGAAGUGGCCAUCUGUCUGGAUCCCUACUGCGGCCUCGGCUUCGUCCUCUGGUGUCUCUGCAGUGUGUAUUCAGGCCACCAGUCCAUCCUGAUCCCCCCCGUGGAGCUGGAGUCCAACCCGGCGCUGUGGCUGCUGGCCGUCAGCCAGCUGAGGGUGCGAGACACCUUCUGCUCCUACAGCGUCAUGGAGCUCUGCACCAAAGGACUCGGCCUGCAGACCGAGGCGCUCAAGGCUCGGGGCCUGGAUCUGUCCCGGGUUCGGGCAUGCGUGGUGGUGGCGGAGGAGAGGCCCAGGAUGUCGCUCACACACUCCUUCUCCAAGCUCUUCAAAGACCUCGGCCUUCACCCGCGGUCUGUCAGCACGGCCUUCGGCUGCAGAGUCAACCUGGCCAUCUGCCUGCAGGGCACUUCAGGACCGGACCCUACCACUGUGUACGUGGACAUGAGAGCGCUGCGUCAUGACAGGGUCCGCUUGGUGGAAAGAGGUUCUCCUCACAGUCUGCCGCUAAUGGAAUCUGGCAAGAUCCUCCCCGGAGUCCGCAUCAUCAUCGCCAACCCAGAGACCAAAGGCCCGCUGGGAGACUCCCACCUCGGAGAGAUCUGGGUGCACAGCGCCCACAACGGCAGCGGCUACUACAGCGGGUACGGCGAGGAGGUUCUGCAGUCGGACCACUUCAACUCCAGACUCAGUUUCGGGGACACUCAGACGGUCUGGGCCAGGACGGGGUACCUGGGCUUCCUCCGCCGCACCGAGCUCACCGACGCCAACGGAGAGAGACACGAUGCUCUGUUCGUGGUGGGAGCGCUGGAGGAGGCCAUGGAGCUGAGGGGGAUGAGGUACCAUCCCAUCGACAUCGAGACCUCCGUCAUCCGCGCGCACAAGAGCAUCAUGGAGUGUGCGGUCUUCCCCUGGACCAACCUGCUGGUGGUGGUUGUGGAGCUGGAGGGCUCCGAGCAGGAGGCCCUGGACCUGGUUCCCAUGGUGACCAAGGCGGUGCUGGAGGAGCACUACCUGAUCGUGGGCGUGGUCGUGGUGACGGACAUCGGCGUCAUCCCCAUCAACUCGCGCGGCGAGAAACAGCGCAUGCACCUCCGCGACGGCUUCUUACAAGACCAGCUGGAUCCCAUCUACGUGGCCUACAACAUGUAGCCUGAGUGUGUGUGCGUGUGUGUGUCAGCGUGUGUGUGUGUGUGUGUGUGUGUGUGUGUGUGUGUGUCAGCGUGUGUGUGUGUGUGUGUGUGUGUGUGUGUGUGUGUGUUCAGGAGCGAGCAUGCGUGUGUAUGUCGUGCAUAUUGCCGUUGUUCAUUUAUUUCUCAGAAUCAAGAUGUACUGUAUUUUUGAACCUGCGUAUGGUGUCAAGUCGUCCGUUUUCUUUAAAGUCGUGUUGUGCCUGUUGGUUGGCUGAUUGGCUGAUUGAUUGAUUGAUUCAUUGAUUGAUUGGUUGAUUGGUUGAUUGAUUGAUUGGUUGAUUGCUCAGCAUGAGCUCCUUCUUUUCUUUUUUUUUCACCCCCGUUCAACCUUACCGGGAGCUCGUCACUGUAGAAAGCCUUAGGGGGACACUGUGU